GAUGUAAUAGCCGUCAGCAAAACUACCAUUGUAACUUAUUAUGUGCGAACUAUGACCGACGUAGCAAGCCCUAAAAGCGUUGCCGUUCAAAUUUUUCUCGCGAACCAAGCAGUCACUUUUCUUUUUCUCCAUCCCCCGUUUUACAUGUCUCCAAAAAUCUAAAGAUGAAUCCACUAGAUCAAGCCGCAGAUCAGUUCUCUUCAUUCCCUCCUCUCCAGUUCAUUCCAUAUCCACCUCCACCCAAUCCCAAUCCCAAUCCCAAUCCCAAUCCAAGUCCAAAUAAUGCAAGUAACACCGCAAUCCAAAACCCUAACCUUGCCUCAACAAACCUUCUAUCAUUCACAGUCCCCAAGAAGCGAAGGCGAGGCCGGCCUCAACGCAAAGCGACGUCGUUUCUCCUUCCUCCCAUCCCCAACAUUACGCUUAACGGUAAUAACGGUCCCAUCUCCUCCUCUAUUUCUUCGUCUACUACUUCAGUUUUAGCUUCUUCUUUCGGACCCAACGUACAAAAUACCAAUUUGUUAACACAAAGGGUAUCCGAUACCACGGACGAGAUCAUUGUGAUUAAUAAAGAAUCCACGGCUGAGGCCUUGAUUGCGCUCUCGGCUGGAUUUCCCGCCGAUUCUCUCACCGAGGAGGAAAUUGAUGCCAGGGUUGUCCCCGUUAUCGGGGGGAUUGAACAGGUCAAUUACAUUCUUAUUCGGAACCACAUUAUUGCGAAAUGGCGCGAAAAUGUGUCAAAUUGGGUCACCAAAGAGAUGUUUGUCGAUGCUAUACCUAAACAUUUCCAUGUUCUUUUGGAUUCUACUUAUAAUUAUCUAGUUUCACAUGGCUACAUUAAUUUUGGUGUUGCCCCGGCGAUCAAGGAGAAGGUCCCGGCUGAACCCACUAAGCCGAGUGUGAUAGUGAUUGGUGCUGGACUUGCAGGCCUCGCUGCCGCUCGGCAAUUGAUGAGAUUCGGAUUCAAGGUGACUGUUUUGGAGGGUAGGAAGCGAGCGGGUGGGCGGGUUUACACAAAGAAAAUGGAGGGAGGGAAUAGGGUGUGCGCAGCGGCAGAUUUAGGGGGUAGUGUUUUGACCGGUACUUUAGGGAACCCACUCGGGAUUGUGGCUCGACAAUUGGGUUCAUCGCUUCAUAAGGUGAGAGAUAAGUGCCCACUUUAUAGUUUGGAUGGAAAGCCAGUUGACCCCGAUAUGGAUAUGAAGGUGGAAACAGCUUUUAACCGUCUUUUGGACAAGGCAAGUAGGCUUAGGCAGUUAAUGGGGGAGGUCUCGGUGGAUGUAUCUCUUGGUGCAGCAUUGGAAACCUUCCGUCAAGUUUAUGGGGAUGCAGUGAAUGAUGAGGAGAUGAACUUGUUUAAUUGGCAUCUUGCAAAUUUGGAAUAUGCCAAUGCCGGUUUGCUUUCAAAACUUUCCCUUGCAUUUUGGGACCAAGAUGACCCAUAUGAUAUGGGAGGGGACCAUUGCUUCUUGCCUGGAGGGAAUGGAAGACUGGUUCAGGCUCUGGCUGAGAAUGUGACGAUUCUAUAUGAGAAAACAAUACACACAAUUAGAUAUGGUAGUGAUGGUGUGCAGGUCAUUGCAGGGAGUCAGGUCUUUGAAGGUGAUAUGGCGCUUUGUACAGUUCCACUAGGGGUUCUAAAAUGUGGUUCCAUAAAGUUUAUUCCAGAGUUGCCUCAGAGAAAGCUCGAUGGAAUAAAGAGGUUGGGAUUUGGGUUGUUGAAUAAGGUGGCAAUGCUGUUUCCUCAUGUAUUUUGGGGCACAGAUCUUGAUACUUUUGGGCAUCUUUCCGAUGAUCCAAGUCGUCGAGGGGAGUUCUUUCUCUUUUACAGCUAUGCAACAGUUGCCGGUGGUCCUCUCUUGAUUGCUUUGGUAGCAGGAGAAGCAGCUCACAAAUUUGAGAGCAUGCCCCCUACAGAUGCUGUGACCCGUGUUCUUCAAAUUCUUAAAGGUGUCUAUGAACCACAAGGAAUCAAUGUCCCAGAGCCUAUCCAAACAGUUUGUACCAGAUGGGGUGGUGAUCCCUUCAGCCUAGGUUCUUACUCUAAUGUCGCAGUUGGGGCAUCAGGAGAUGAUUAUGAUAUUUUAGCAGAAAGUGUGGGAGAUGGAAGGCUUUUCUUUGCUGGGGAAGCCACCACUAGGCGAUACCCUGCAUCUAUGCAUGGAGCUUUUCUCAGUGGUUUAAGAGAAGCUGCAAAUAUGGCUCACUAUGUUAAUGCACGGACCUUGAGGAAAAAGGUUGAUAGGAGCCCAUCAAAAAAUGCCCAUUCUUGUGCUUCCCUUCUUGCCGAUUUAUUUAGGGAACCUGAUCUAGAAUUUGGUAGCUUUUCUGUUAUUUUUGAUCGGAAAAAUGCCGAUCCCAAGUCAACAGCAAUUUUGAAGGUGACAUUUAGUGAGCCUCGAAAGAAGAGUCAUGAUGGGUCAAAACCAGACCAACAGCAUUCAAAGAAGUUACUUUUUCAGCAGCUUCAGUCACAUUUUAAUCAUCAACAACAGCUUCAUGUUUACACUUUGUUAUCAAGGCAACAGGUGCUUGAGCUGAGAGAGGUGAGAGGGGGUGAUGAAAUGCGGUUGAAUUACCUCUGUGAAAGGUGGGGAGUGAAGCUUGUGGGAAGAAAAGGUCUGGGGCCUACUGCAGAUUCUGUAAUUGCUUCCAUUAAGGCUGAGAGGGGCAAUCGAAAACCUGCUUCAACUGCUUUGGCUCUCAAAUCAGGGACAUCAAAGCUGAAAACAGGCAUUUUGAAGCGAAAAAUGGUGAGAAAGGCCAAAAUAGUGCGCAGCAGCAAUGGGUCAACAGCCCCUGCUAAUUCAAAUGUGGUAAAUGGUAAAGUGCCAGGGGAAACUAGGACGGCAGAGGAAACUAGAACCACAGAUCAAAUGCUCCUUGACACCCUUGGUUCAGGGCAAAAUCAAGGUGAGAUGCUGAAGAAGUGAGUUGAAAACCUUGAGAGGUGAGAUGCCAUAAACUGUUAUUGACUCUUCAUGAACGUUGGAAUAUGUGUUGUGGUUAAACCGUUUUCCCUUGUAACCUUUCCGGCAGAAAACAAUUAUUGUAUCCUGACCUGCUUUUCUUGUCUAGGUCAUAGUCAUCUUUGGCGGGGCAAGUAGGUAAAUAUGCAUUCUUGAAAAGGUUAUUUUGCAAUUUUAAUUUAACCCGACAAGGCAUUGUCUUCUGUUUUAAGAUUUGACUAAAAAGAAUGUUAUUCCAUACUUAUGUGAAGUUCAAAUGUGAUUUUUUAUCACUAACAAGAAUUUUAUUGAUUAUAAAUAGGCAUAGCCCAAGUAGUGAGGUUCAAAUGUGAUUAGUGGCUAGCAUGUUAAUAAGUCUCUUAUUUCGGUUGAAGAUAUUUAGGUAGUGAAGAAUGAAUUUUAUGGUGUUUGAAAAAUGAGUGAGGGGUGGCGAAUAUAGACUGGAGAAGAUUUUCCGUGAUUUCCUUUGGGAAGGGUUAGAAGAUGCAAAGAAAUUCCAUUUGGUUAGAUGAGACAAAGUAUGCGCCCCUUUUUCCUGCGGUGGGUUGGGCUUAAAAAAAUUGAGAACUUUCAAUAAGGCACUUCUUGGAAAAUGGUUUUGGUGUUAUCUUCACGAAGAAGACACCCUUUGGAGGAAUAUUUUAGAUGUCAAAUAUGGGAGCAUCUGGGGCGGUUGGUGCUCAAAGGAAGUAAGAGGGGCGUAUGGCGUGGGAGUGAGAAAAUUUAUUCGGAAUGGUUGGGAUGACUUCCUCGGUAACUGCAAAUAUGUGAUGGGAAAGGGCACGCGAAUCAGAUUUUGGCAUGAUAUUUGGUGUGGGGAUGUCGCUUUGAAAAAUGAUUUCCCUUCUCUCUAUAGGAUUGUGUUUGAUCAGGGCUCCUUGGUGGCUGAGAAUAUGUGCAAUACUGCUAAUUCCAUUCAUUGGUCUGUGAGGUUUACUCAUGCUGUUCAGGAUUGGGAGGUGGGAGACAUCACUGAUUCUAUAGCGUGUUAUAUGCACAGAAGCAAAGGGCAGGAUGGGAGGACAGAUUAUUCUAGACAGGCACAGGGAACAGGAAAUUUUCGGUACAUUCAUACUACAAGGCCUUGACAACCCACUCCCUUAUUACCUUUCCUUGGAAGAGCAUCUGGAGGAGCAAUGCCCCUCUCCAGAUUGCUUUCUUCGGUUGGUUGGCUUCUCAUGGUAAAAUAAUGACUAUAGACAAGUUAAGAAAGCGUGGUCUAUACAUAAUGGAUUGGCCCUUCUUGUGUAAACAACAAUGAAUCAACGGAUCACCUUCUCUUUCACUACGAAGUAGUUAAGGUAUUGUGAGAUGAAAUCCUCUCGAGACUUGGUAUCGCAUGGGUUAUGCCUAAGAGGGUGAUAGAUUUAUUGUCCUGCUGCAAGGGAUUAGGGGUAAUCGGCAUAUUGCAGCUAUUUGGAAGAUGGUACCAUUAUGUCUAAUGUGGUGCACAUGGAACGAAAGAAACGGCCGCUGUUUUGAGAAUAGGGAAUGCUCUUUGGGUAGUUUUAGGGACUUUUUCUUUCAUACAUUGUUAUUGUGGCCCUCACCUAUUGUAUUGAAUGGAAUGAGUUUUAAUGACUUUUACGCUACUAUUUGUAGCACGUAGUUUGUAUUCGGCUCUUUCUUGUAUACUUCUUGUGUACUCGGGUUUUGCUUAUUUAUGUUGAUCAAUAAAAUCUCUUUUAUUUAUCAAAAAAAAAAAAAAAAGAGUGAGGGAUGCAUGUUUUAAGAACGACUUUAUGUUGUGGUUGGGGUUCCUUGGGAAAAUGGAUUGUCAAUGUUUACUUUGAGCACUAUCAGACUAGUAGAUAGUAUGAAAAGAAUCUACUAGAAUUUUAAUAAAUCUAGUCAGUUGAAAUCUCGGACCAUGUAAACCAUAAGACAUCAACUUUGGAUCCUCCUCCUCACCCCCAUCUGCUGCGAGGGAACUACUUGCUUGGUUCUGUGGAUAUUUGAACUCUCUGUCCUUUUUGUCGAGCACUAACCUUUUUGUCUGUUAAUGCUUUGCCAACAAAACUAGUGAAGGAUUUGCCCCUCUCCACCUAUGGAUCUAAUAAGGGCUAAUGUGCAAUCUGUGUUCAAGUUUUUUGCCAACCUCUCGCUGUAGCAAAAUUAUAUUUGCAAGUGGAGAGACGGUUUGUAAGUAGGACUCAGCCAUAUUUAAUAAUCUUAUUUUUGGCUGGAUGAUUGCCAGUGCUAUUGUGAGCUGGGCGAAAAUGUCUGCCAUUUACAGGAGGACAAUGCUGCUGCUGGUUGGCUUCUCUGGUAAUUGGUCACAAAUGCAAUAUAAAAGAGCGCAUGAGCAAUCUGCAAGCCGACUUCCGUAGAUGCUACUGAAUUGCUGGGAGUUUUGUGAUCAGACCAGUGUUUGCCUAUGCCACCACUGAAAUUCAUGAAACCGAUGAUGCGCCAUAAAUACCGAUCGGCCACAAAGUUCGUUGCUAUAUACCAUGAGGAGUGGUCGUAUUAAGUAUAUACAAUGGGGGGCAACUGCCUCGAUGUUGAGAUGCAUUGUGUGUUCGAAAUAUUUGUACUAUCUUGUCCUGACUCGUGUGUAUCGGAAAACAAAUUUUAUUUCUACGUCAUUUCCAAAGAAGAAAAAACUCAUAGAGCAACAUUGAACAUGGUCUUGUAACUUGAACAGAUUUUGUUCGUCUUUUCAAUUAAGAGCCAGUGUAAAGGUUUGGGACUUCGAAUCAACCA